CCCCAGACCCCUCAUGUCACGAUAGAGUAGCACUUCAAACACCACCGGCAUUUCAGGGUGCGUCCGAGCGAAUACGAUGGAUCGAAUCAGAGACCUCUUCCGCCAGAAGGACGUCCGCGACGAGUACAGUCCCAUCAUCGAGCAUGACAACCCGAUGGAGGGCACAGCCUUGCUGGAAGACGACGGCCAAGGCGUGCCCUUCUCGUGGUUCGAGUACAGCAUCUUUGCGCUGUUGGGCAUGGCGAUGCUCUGGGCCUGGAACAUGUUCCUUGCUGCGGCACCCUACUUCCAGCUGCGCUUCCGAUCCGAUGUCUGGAUCACGCAGAACUUCCAGUCGGCUAUCCUGACCGUCUCGACCAUCACAAACCUCGGCGCCAUGCUGGUCCUGACCAACAUGCAAGCGGCUGCCUCGUACCCGUUCCGCAUCAACCUCGCGCUGACGAUCAACGUCGUCAUCUUCAUGCUCCUCACGGCGUCAACGUCCAUCUUCCUCGACGCAUCCCCGGCCUUGUACCUCACCUUUCUCCUGACCAUGGUCGCCGCCACGGCCCUCGCUGCUGGCCUCAUCCAGAACGGCGCCUUCGCCUUUGCCGCCUCCUUCAGCAGGCCCGAGUACAUGCAGGCUCUCAUGGCCGGCCAGGGUGUCGCCGGCGUGCUGCCGCCCCUCGCCCAGAUCAUGACCGUUCUCGCCGUGCCCGAAGACGCAUCCGGCGGCAUGCGACGCGGCGGCAUGCGACGCGACGGAGACGCCUCCGACCCGGCAUCCGGCGGCGCCUCUUCCUCGGCCUUCAUCUACUUCCUGACGGCAGUCAUCGUCUCGCUCGUCGCCCUCGGCGCCUUUGUACCCCUCGUCCGCCGUCACAGCCAGAUUGUCGACGCCCGCGACGCCCACGACAUGUCGGCCUCGCACGCCAGCAUCUCCACCGUCGGCGGCCACCCCCGCAAGACCGUCUCCCCGCUGACCCUCCUCGGCAAGCUGCACUGGCUCUCGGCCGCCGUGGCCCUCUGCUUCGCCGUCUCCAUGUUCUUCCCCGUCUUUACAGGCAAGAUCCUCUCCGUCCGCCCCGCCGAUGACGGCGCCACCGGCUCCCUCUUCCGCCCCGCCGCCUUCAUCCCCCUCGCCUUCUUCGUCUGGAACGCCGGCGACCUUGCCGGCCGCAUGGCCACCGCCCUGCCCUUCAGCCUGCGCGGCCGCCCGCCGCUGCUGCUGGCCCUCGCCGUCGCGCGCCUCGCCUGGCUGCCGCUCUACCUGCUCUGCAACCUCAACGGCCGCGGCGCCGUUGUCGCGAGCGACCUCUUCUACCUCGCCGUCGUGCAGUUCCCCUUUGGCCUCACCAACGGCUGGCUCGGCGCGAGCUGCAUGAUGGCCGGCAGCGAGUGGGUCGACGAGGGCGAGAGGGAGGUCGCCGGCGGCUUCAUGGGGCUGUGCCUUGUGACGGGGCUGACGGUCGGGAGCAUCCUGAGCUUUACGGUUGCGGGGAUCUAG